GCGCAGCACCACACCACACGCGCACCCGGCCGAAAGCGCAUGCUGCUUCGGCGCCAUGGGUGGCAGCCGCAGUCGACCGAGUCGCCCGGUGGAGCUGGAGGAGUCGCCGACCUCGAGAUCCUUCACGCGGCAGGUGCCGUUCAACGACGAGGAGCCGGCGUCGCCCUCGUCCCCGCCCUGGACGCCUUUGGGGCCUGUGAGUCCUGGCACCGGAAGCCUGAGCUUGGGUGGGCGGCAGUUCUUCGGCAGGUCCUCGGGACCCUCCUCGCCGGAGCCCAGCCCGUUGAGUCCCAAGAGCCAAAGCUCCAAGUCCAGUCGACCCUUUCUGGCCAGGUUUCCUGAGUCUUCAGCGUUCUCCAAAUUCCCUCAUCAUUGCCCAAGUGCCUCUCGCGAUGCCUCGAAUGCGGCGGAUGACAGCAGGAGCUGGUCGGCCUUGAGCUUGGGUGGGAAGAAGGAUGAGCCACAAGAACUCACCGAGUUUUUGAGACCGGCGGAUGGUGGUGGCUUUGGUGCUUGGGGAGUUGGAUCGAUAGGGGUGGAGAAGUGGUGGGUCGAUGAGGGUUCGGCCCAGUACUGGGCCGUUGAAGUCGAGGUCAAAUAUGGUCGAAAUCUUGCAGUUGAGGCUAGAUAUGGAUAUGUGCAGCCAAGAAUGUUCAUUCAAUCGCUGCAUUUUGCGACACACUAGGGACAUGUGUUUUUGGAGCACCCUUGCGAGCCCUUGGUGCUGCUCCCAGUCCCGGCUACAGGUGCCGCUUCUGAAGUGUUUGCCGCGAGCCGCUAGGAUGAAGGAAGCGGAUUGAGUGGGACCAGGGUGAGAAGUCAGCAGAAGCGCCCCUUGUCAAUUUGUGGCAAUCUCAUCAUGCAAAGGGUCCUGGGAUGAACUCUUCUUGAUUUCUCCAUUUGCUUGUGGCCGUGCUGAAGACCAGUGCUGAUGAAUGAGAUACUUGUAGGACGGAUGAUGCCAUUAUCAUGUGUAAUUUAUGGCUUUGUGACCAGCUUCCAUUCCCAAUCGCAGACAUGUUGAGUGCAAGAAAGCAAUAUAUUAACUGCUCGUCAAGCACCCAGUGUACGCCAACAUUGUCAACAUCGCGUGCCCGCUUGACUUUGCUCAGUCAAGAAUAGGACCUCUCCAUGCAACAUGUAGCAAUGUAGUGUAGCGUAGCGGAUCCGGUCGGUGGUUUUUGCAUUUUGCUAGACUAGCAAUCUUGAAAUGCAUGCCCUAAGAAUUGAAUCAAUACCAAAUAGUUCCAUGCGCCCGAACGUUGGAGGGAGUUUGAACUCCGCAUGUUCUGGAUAGGUUCUAUCUCAUACCCUUUGAAGCGUCCACCGCUGUGUUCAAUGCAUUCCCCACCCAGGGCAGCUAUAGCUCCAGGCGGCUUCAUGUCGCCCACUCUCAAGUCUGAACUCUUUUGCAACACUUCCCUUACAAAGCUGUUGAAAUCAAGGAGCUGGGCAGCUCUUGUGUUGGUAGUUAUGGUGAGAGAUUGGAAGGGAUUCAACAAGGCAGCAUUUAGAUCAUUGGUGUUUAGAACAGUCAGCACAUGAAGGAGAUUGUGAAAAAGCAC